ACUAAAAAAUCGAUCGAUUGCGUCGUUAACCUUAAACAUUCUACCGCACUGCAUCAAAACGUUCAAAACAAAGCAAAUGUUUAACAAAACAUGAUUAGAAUGAUAGCAAUAGUAAAAGAUUGUGCGCAAACAUGAAAGUGCUCUUCAAACGCAAUCAUGGCCGUAUUAAAGUGCUACUCAUCGCGACCAUCUCCUUCCUUUUUGGAUGUAUGGUUGCUAUCAACUUAUAUCCCAUUGAAAGAACAUGCAAACUGGAUGAUGUUGAUAGAGAAUACAACAUAAUGAAUAACGAGAAACUGAAAAACCCCGAUUUGAUUAUUCUAAUACUCUCAGCACCACAGAAUCACGAGAAGCGACAAAUUAUCAGAGAUACCUGGCUAAAGUUACAAGUUAUCCAGCCUCAUAUAAAAGAAGAAAAUGCCAAAUUUAAACUUAAGCAUUACUUUGCAAUUGGAAGUGUUGGCCUACCAGAUGCUAAGCUACAAGAGCUAAGAGCUGAGCAAACAGAUCACAGUGAUAUGCUAAUAUUGCCUAUACAAGAUAGCUAUCAGAAUUUGACUUUCAAAGUGCUCAAAUCAUUCAGUUGGCUGAGUGAUCAGGUGGAUUAUGGCCUAGGUUUUAAAUAUUUAUUAAAGUGUGAUGAUGAUAGCUUUGUGAGGCUUGACCACUUGGCAGAGGAGUUGCUUAGCUUUGAAUUAUUAUACAACAAUGAAAAAACUCAGUUUAACUUUGAAGAUACAAAUGUAUAUGACUCACAUUACAUGAGAGUGAAUGUUCAGGCAAAUUCUGCUCUCACAAUGCAAAGAGCAUCAAAAUUAGGCAUAUAUUGGGGGUACUUUCAUGGAGCAGCUCAUGUUAAACAAAAAGGCAAAUGGAAGGAAGAUGAUUGGAUCCUGUGUGAUAAUUAUAUCACUUAUGCUUUGGGUGGUGGAUACAUUCUGUCAAGAAACUUAGUGCAAUAUAUUGCAUCCAAUGAAGAUCAUUUAAAGUUGUACAAUUCUGAGGAUGUUAGCGUUGGAGCUUGGUUAGGAACAAAGAACCAACUUGUCCGAAUUCAUGACAUUCGAUUUGACACCGAAUGGAAGUCGCGCGGCUGUCAAAAUUUCUACCUCGUUACACAUCCGAUGACGCCCGAUGAAAUGCGUACACUUUACCAGAAUAUUCUCGCUGGUAGCGAGCUUUGUGAUACGGAAAGGACACAACGCAAGCAGUACUUGUACGAUUGGCGAGCACCGCCUAGUCAAUGCUGUAAAACCCAACACUAGUCAAUCAAUUUCGCACCUUUUCAACUCCGCUAACCGCUGAUACGCUGAUGAGUCAAGAUGGCGGCGAAGAAUGUUAAAAAUAGCUUUAAGAAACCAUGUAUGAACCAUGCUUUUUUAAUACUCUAUUUACAUGAUUCAGAUAACAUUAA